UUGAAACAACACUUUAAGAACGAAGGACGCUUAACAGAUGGAUCUAUCAGGCGAAUUCUGGAGACAACCACAAAACUACUGAGGGAAGAGCCCACUGUACUUACUAUCGACGCGCCUAUCACUGUGUGUGGCGAUGUACAUGGUCAAUUCUUCGAUCUAUUAAAGCUGUUCGGUAUGUCGCGCUUGGUUGUGGGAUUCAGAUAUGUACUUAGAUAA